CAUGUAAGCUCCAGUUCCAAAAAAAAAAAAUAAAUAAAAAAAACCUUUUAUGCUUCCACUCGUCAGUCUAUCGCUCUCGUGAUCACGAACUCCUCCCUCCUGAGAACCAUGGCAUUGUGGAUCCGCCCCCUUGAUCCCUUGCUCUACCAACCCCUCCUUCGCUUCUCUCUCGAUAAUGUUUCACCGCAGGCCAUGAGCUUUCGCCUCCGCAUCCUAACUCCCCCUCUCCAUUGCCGCUUCCGCUGCCGCAACAGUAGCACCACCGCAAUAAAAAGGGCUGAGAAGAAGCGACCGAAGGAAUCAAUGAAGAACGGUAAGGUCCGCUUAAGCCUGCGCUUAGACCUCCAGGUGGAGUUCGGGGAGCACGUUGCGGUCCUCGGAUCGUCCAAUGAGCUUGGGUCGUGGACGAAGCAGAUUCCGAUGCAGUGGACGGAGGCUGGAUGGGUGCGCGUUCUUCAUUUGCAAGGGGGUAAGACGGUGGAGUUCAAGUUCGUGAUAAUAACCGAAGGGGGUAAGUGUAUUCUUUGGGAGGAAGGGGAUAAUCGAUUGUUGGCUGUUCCGGAGAGUGGGGUUUAUGAUUUGGUAUGCGGAUGGAAUGAGACGAGAGAGGUGUUGGAUCUUCUGGCGGGGGUGAGUGAGGAGGAAGUGGAAGGCGAAGGUGAUGGGGAUGGUGCUAACGUUGAUGAUGGGGUUGUUUCUGAGGCAGAGGCAGAGGCCAGUUCUUUUGUGGAGCAGUGGCAGGGAAGCUGUGUUUCAUUUAUGCGGUCCAAUGAGCACAGUAAUAGGGAGAUAGAGAGGAGAUGGGACACCAAGGCGCUUGAUGGCCUUGCACUAGAGCUGGUGGAGGGAGACAAAACCGCUAGAAACUGGUGGCGCAAGCUUGAGGUUGUUCAUUCUCUAUUAUCGGGAAAUCUCAAUCUUGUGGAUCGUCUUGAAGCGCUCGUUUAUUGUUCUAUUUACCUAAAGUGGAUCAACACUGGUCAGAUCCCCUGCUUUGAAGAUGGUGGUCAUCAUCGACCAAAUAGACAUGCUGAGAUUUCAAGACUUAUUUUUCGUGACCUUGAAAGAGUAACCUAUGGAAAAAACAAAUCAUCAAAAGAUAUACUUGUGGUCAGGAAAAUUCACCCUUGCCUGCCUUCGUUUAAGUCAGAGUUUACUGCUUCUGUUCCGCUUACGCGAAUACGAGAUAUUGCGCACCGCAAUGAUAUUCCUCAUGACUUGAAGCAAGAGAUAAAACAUACCAUACAGAAUAAACUUCACCGUAAUGCUGGACCAGAAGAUUUGGUUGCUACAGAGGCUAUGCUUGCCAAGAUUACCAAGACACCAGGGAAAUAUAGCCUGGCAUUUAUAGAACAGUUCAAGAUAUUCUACACAGAGCUUAAAGAUUUCUUUAAUGCUGGGAGUCUGACCGAACUUCUUGAUUCAAUUAAAAAAUCCUUGGAUGAUCAAAGCUCAGAAGCUCUUAACCUUUUUCUGGAAUGCAAAAGGAAUUUAGAGGAAUUUCCUGAAGAAAAACCUGGCGGUAGGGAUGCUGUUAUUAAUGUACUGAUGAAUGCACUCGAGUCCUUGACAAACUUGAGAUCAGUGAUUGUUAAAGGUCUUGAAAGUGGCCUUAGAAAUGAUGCUCCAGAUACUGCCAUUGCAAUGCGUCAGAAGUGGCGUCUAUGUGAGAUUGGCCUUGAAGAUUACUCCUUUGUUCUUUUAAGCAGGUUUCUUAAUGAGCUUGAAGCUAUUGGAGGAUCAUCUUGGUUGGAAAACAAUGUCAAUUCGGGAAACAUCGGUUCUUGGCACAGUCCACUUGGUGCCCUUAUUGUAGGCAUCCGCCAGGUUGGUCUUUCAGGUUGGAGACAGGAAGAAUGCGUUGCUAUAGGAAGUGAAAUUCUUGCAUGGGACCUAGAAGGUCUUUCUGAAAGAGAAGGCAAUGAGGAUGGAAAGCAUAUCUGGGCUCUGAGGCUUAAGGCUACUGUUGAUAGAGCAAGGAGGAUGACUGAAGAGUACUCUGAAGCACUGCUAGAGAUAUUUCCUGAUAAAGUCGAGAGGUUAGGGCAAGCACUUGGAAUUCCACUGAACAGUGUGAGAACAUACACUGAAGCUGAAAUACGUUCAGGCGUUAUAUUCCAGGUUUCAAAACUUUGUACCUUACUUCUGAAAGCAUUAAAGACUACACUAGGUUCAUUGGGCUGGGAUAUUCUUGUCCCAGGUGUGGUACAUGGAACCUUUCUGCAGGUAGAGAGCAUCGAUCCUGGUUCAAUGGCUUCAUCUAUCAAAGGGCCUGUUAUUCUUGCCGUCAAAAAAGCCAAUGGUGAUGAGGAGGUUAAGGCUGCUGGGAGUAAUAUUGUAGGGGUUAUUCUAGCACAAGAGCUACCUCACUUAUCACACCUUGGUGUUAGGGCCCGACAGGAAAAGGUGGUUUUUGUGACAUGUGAAGAUGAAGAAGAAAUUGCUAAGUUUGAAGCACUGGAAGGAAAAUCUGUGAGGUUGGAGGCGUCAGCUGUAAAAGUUAAUGUGUCUACCUUUUCCCCUGAAGAUAGUGACGAGAAACAGUUCAUGGAUCUAUCAAGUAACGGAAAAUGUAGGAAAGAAACCGCAGCACUGCCUUACCCCCCUCCAGAGAUCAGCAUCCCGUUCUCAAGUAAGAAUGGCGUUCCUUAUAUCAAGGUUUCAACCAGUGUUCUGGAGCUUUCACAAGCAGUUAUUGAUUCGUGUGGUGCAAAGGCAACAUCAUGUGGUAGUCUUGCAUCUCUAGCAUCAAUUUCUGGGAAAGUUUACAGUGAUCAGGGCAUUCCUGCUUCAUUUAAAGUCCCCUCAGGUGCUAUAUUACCCUUUGGAUCAAUGGAAUCAGUGCUUGAGCGAAGCGGCUCUCUAGAUACCUUCCUCUCCCUCUUAGAAAAGAUAGAAACAGCUAAUCUCGAAGGUGGUGAACUUGAUCACCUGUGCUUAGACCUCCAGGCAUUGAUAUCUGCCCAAGCUCCAUCUCAAGAAACCAUUGAAGCCAUUGGCAGAAUUCUUCCAGCCAAUGCCCGGCUUAUAGUAAGAUCAAGUGCCAAUGUUGAAGACCUUGCUGGAAUGUCAGCUGCUGGACUGUAUGAAUCCAUCCCAAAUGUCAGCCUCUUGAGCCCAACCAUCUUUGGAGCUGCAAUAGGCCGUGUAUGGGCUUCCUUGUAUACGAGGCGAGCCAUUCUGAGCCGUAGAGCUGCUGGUGUUCCGCAAAGGGAAGCACAGAUGGCUGUUUUGGUGCAGCAGAUGGUCUCACCUAAUCUCUCCUUUGUUCUACACACCGUUAGCCCAGUGGAGAAUGACCCCAAGCUUCUCAUGGCUGAGAUUGCAUCGGGCUUAGGGGAAACUCUAGCUUCAGGAACUCGUGGAGUUCCAUGGAGAUUUACUUCUAACAAGUUUGAUGGCAAUGUUUGUACCAUGGCUUUUGCAAACUUUAGCGAAGAGCUUCUAGUUCUUGGUUCUGGCCCUGCAGAUGGAGAAGUUGCCCGUUUAACUGUCGAUUACAGUAAGAAGCCAUUAACAGUUGAUCCUAUCUUUAGAAGGCAGUUGGGGCAACGCCUUUGUGCUAUUGGGUUCUUUCUUGAGCAGAAAUUUGGCUGUCCUCAGGACGUUGAAGGUUGUGUUGUAGGGAAUGACAUAUUCAUAGUUCAGACAAGGCCACAACCCUGAGAAGUAAUUCGGGUUCCUUUUAUGGUUAUCUUAAGUUACGGAAAAAUAAAAAAGCCUACUUUGAUGAUGAUAUAUGUUACUUCUUGCUUUAAGAACAAACACAAACGCAUCGAUCAACCAGCCUCUUUGAGAUUGAAAUGGUUCUAUCUGCACAAAUAUGUUUGAUCCAAGCUUGAGCCAGGUUGAAUUGCAUUGAGAUUGCGUCACUCUAUCCCUGGUUUUAAUACAUAAACCCGGAUAUCAAGACUUGAAAUGUUGGCAGAACUACUUAUUUAUUUAUUUUAAUUCCGAAAAGAAUUGAAGUUGGGGUGGAAAAUGACUGCUUUUAUCCCUGGUUUCAUUAUUUCUGGCUUCAUAGUUAAUAAAGAGUAAAUUUAAGAUAUAUAUUCAUGAGUUA